GCUUAUAUUUUUGAAUGUGUCAAAUGACCAACUUAAGUCUAAACUAAUAUUAUACUGGCUGUUAGUAUAAUAUAUCGUCUUUGGUCUGCAAUGGACAGCAUUUGUGCACGUCUUUCAAGAAGGAGAAUUAAAUCCCAGGAAAACAGCUACUCGAGACCAAUUAGGUACUCGGAUUCAUCGAUGACUAUGAACUGUCGCGCUUAUACUAGCCGGCUAAAACGCACGCAAGACCUGUGUGCAUCGCUCGAAGGAUUAUAAUGCUGUAAAUACGAAGUAGCUUAUCUUUCCAUACCUGAACAUUGUAACAAAUCAGUUUACUGUUUCACCGAAUUAGCUCAUUAGUUAAUAUACAGUUAUCGUUAUUACAAAUCGUAACCGGAAAAGAAUGACAAUGGAGUUGGAUACCCGCGCUGUUAGCGGGAACCGACGAAUUUUGGCGCAGUUUGAAUCGGAAGGGGGCGAAGUCACCGGUGCCCCGCUCGACCUGCCGCUUGACAUCUCCAAAGAUAAGCUUCAGUCAUUAUGUAACAUGAUUCUUGAAAAUGAAGAGAGCGUGCCGUAUCUGUUCUUCAUCGAAGGAGAAGAAAUAAAAAACUCUCUUGACAAGACUAUGCAUGAAAAAAAGCGUGAGAUCAGCUCAGAAGCACUUGUGAAAAUUAUAUAUGCCCCUCAAGCGUUAUUUAAGGUCCGCCCCGUAACCCGUUGUACAGGUUCGAUCCCUGGCCAUGCAGAGGCAGUUCUCGCCUCGCAAUUCAGCCCUAAUGGACAAUACCUGGUGAGUGGAUCCGGUGAUACGACUGUUCGAUUUUGGGACUUGAAUACGCAAACGCCACACAGCACAUGUAAGGGACACAAAAACUGGGUUCUAGCCGUAACGUGGAGUCCAGACGGUGGCAAAGUUGCUUCCGGGUGUAAGAGUGGAAUGAUCUGUUUGUGGGAUCCUAGUACUGGAAAACAGAUCGGUAAAAAUCUCACCGGUCACAAAGGAUGGAUCACCUGUUUAUCCUUUGAACCGCUCCACAAAAACCCAGCAUGUCGAUUUUUAGCGUCCGGUUCGAAGGAUGCCACCGUUCGGAUUUGGGACACUGUUAUGGGCAACACGAUCCUCACUCUUUCUAGUCAUACCAGAUCGGUGACGUGUAUUAAGUGGGGUGGCACGGGUUUGGUGUAUAGCGCGUCACAAGACUGUACAAUUAAAGUAUGGAAGGCAGAUACUGGUGCGCUGAUGAAUACGCUUCAAUGCCACGGACAUUGGGUCAACGUUUUGGCAUUAAAUACCGACUAUGCCAUCCGUACUGGAGCUUUCGAUCCAUGCAAGCAGGAUCAACGUGAUCACCAGGACAGAGUUGGCGAUAAAAAAUCUAUUGAUACUGAUAAUUUGCAACGGUUGUCUGAAGAACGGUAUUUAGCAGCAAAAGGCAAAGAACCCGAAAGGUUGGCGUCCGGAUCAGAUGACUUUACCCUGGCCCUAUGGAAUCCUAUGAACAAAAAACCUUUACAGCGGAUGACCGGUCACCAGCAGCUAGUGAACGAUGUAAAAUUCUCACCAGACAUGAGGCUGCUAGCCAGUGCGUCGUUUGAUAAAAGUAUCAAGCUUUGGGAUGGUCGUACCGGCACAUACCUUGGCGUUUUAAGAGGACACGUUUCUUCGGUGUAUCAAGUAUCCUGGUCAGCAGACUCGCGUCUACUGGUUUCAGGAAGUUCGGACUCGACACUAAAGUUAUGGAACGUUAAGGACCGCAAGCUACUUAUAGAUCUACCCGGUCACGCGGAUGAAGUGUAUACCGUUGACUGGAGUCCCGAUGGAAGCACAGUUGUAUCAGGCGGCAAGGACCGCGUAAUCCGACUAUGGCGAAGAUAAGAGCUUAAGUACAACUAAAAUGCUUGUUAAGAAAAAUUGAGUGUAUAAAGAUUACUUAAGAUAAUUUUCUUAAUAGCUCCGUAGGACGGGUGAAUUUAGAUCAAGUGUACAAGACGUUUUUGUUGAAUUUGAUUUAAA